UGUAGACAUAAUAGCACGCCAUUCCGGUCAUUCAUACAGCGAUCCGAUGUCGCAAACUCCGACCCUGUUGCCUCGAUUCCCGUAUCAAGUCAAUUACUGAAAAGAAGAGUCCCUUAACAGUCCAGUAUUCAAAAGGAUUCUCCUGGCAGCUCAUACACCUCGCAAUGAACUCCAUCGGCUCUUCAUAUAAACCGGAUGCAACGGGCACCAGCCCGAAGCAAUCCGACUACAUUCCCAACCUGAAGCUGAAUGAUGGCAAUGAGAUCCCCUUGAUCGCAUACGGCCUGGGCACGGCCAACUACAAGAACGAUGGCAAGGCCCCCUUUGACCAGAAGAUAGUCGACAUAACGGCAACAGCCAUCAAGAGUGGUUAUCUUCACCUGGACGGUGCUGAGUCGUACCAAAAUGAGGCAGAACUCGGCGGGGCGAUCAAGCAGGCAGGGGUCGCGCGGGAGAGGCUUUUCGUGACGACCAAGACCAACGCCAAGGAGGGCGUGCCCAUCGAGGUGGCCUUCUCUGCCUCCCUCAAGAAGCUCGGCCUCGACUACGUGGACCUCUACCUGAUCCACUCGCCCUUCACCUCAAACACGCCCGAGGACCUGCAGAAGAGGUGGGCCGAGAUGGAGGCCAUCAAGGACUCCGGGAGGGCCCGGUCGAUCGGCGUCUCCAACUACCUCCAGGAACACCUCGAGGCGACCCUGGCGACGGCCAGGAUCCCGCCCGCCAUCAACCAGAUCGAGUACCACCCGUACCUGCAGCACGGGGACCUACUCAACUUCCACCGCAAGAACAACAUCGCCGUGGCGGCAUACUCCCCGCUGGCCGCCAUCACGAGGGCGGCCCCGGGCCCCGUCGACGGCAUCUACCAGGCCCUGGCCAAGAAGUACGGCGUCAGCGAGGGCGAGGUGGCUCUGAGGUGGUGCAUCGACCAGGGGAUCGUGACCCUGACGACGAGCUCGAGCGAGCAGCGCCUCCAGCGCUACCUGUCCAACCUGCCCACCUUCAAGCUGACGCCGGGGGAGGUCCGAGAGAUCGCGGAGGCGGGGAAGCAGAAGCACUAUCGGGCGUUCUGGACCCACAAGUUCGGGCCCGAGGACAGGCGGUGAUAUGUAUUGUAUCCUGAGAACGCGGACUAAAGAUAGAAAAGCAAAGAUAUCAUUUUAUUAAAGAGACCGGGACUCGAGCCGUGUUUCCCCCCUUCAUAAUUCA